CUAUAAAACGCGAGGUACGGCGACGAGUAAGUCAUCAGUCCAACUGUGCAUUUCAAUCCAAGCGAACUUCCCCAGAAAUAUCAUGUCGAGCUACUCAUUCGCGCUCCUCUCUUGUGUGGUGGCGGCUGUGAUGCUGAUGGAUAACGGCGCCUUGGCGCAGAACAACUAUUAUUACCGCAACAGCAUGCCCGUCAACCGCUACAGACCGAUGCAGAGCAAUUCCAUCCAUGCCAGUACGCAGUACAAGCCCAUCAGCAACCCCUGGACAGCCAACAACAACAACCAGAUCAAUUCCCACGUCCCCAGGAGCAACAACAACAACAACAACAACUGGGGCUCCAUCGAAGAUGAUUCCAUCGAGUCCAGUUUCUACCGACGCCCGUCUGCCGUUCCCCGUUACCAGAGACAAUCCAUCAUCAACAACAACAACCCGCAUACCGUCACCAACAACAACAACAACCGCGCUUGGAGCCGGCCAUCACCGGUUACAGCCCGGCCAGUCCAGCAGCAUCAACAAAUCAGAUGGAACAAUCGAUUCGACGAUUCGGUCGAAGAUCAUUCGGUCGAAUCACGUGAAUUUAGACGCUGGUAGUAAUUAGCGGUGUGGCUAAAUAAUAAUCAUAUCCUGGCCAAUGUAUCAAAAUAGGCGGGGUCGGAUAGAUAUUAUUCACCCUAUUAAUUUUUUGAUUAGAAAGCCCCAAUCAAACUCGAACCAAAAAAGAAAAAGAAAAAGAUGUUUUUAAACUGCGCUCAGCAGUGUGGAGAAAAACGCAGAGUCUUGUAUUAUUCGUUGGCGGCCAUUUGUUUUUCACGAAGAAGAAAUGACCUGGCGAAUAUGCAUAGACGAAGCGCAAUUGCCUUUCUCUUUUUUGUUUUCUAACUUGUUGGUGCGGAUAGAGAAGAUUUUUUUUUUUGGUUUUUAAAAAAAGGUGCUCUGUCUUUGAACUAUUAUAUACCUGACGACCCAGUAGCGCGUUUGGUUGCGUGGGCAGAGCCUAAAUUCAGAUCUGCGCAUUGAUAGACGUGCGGAGGACGAAACAAUUUCGCCAGUUUUUAAUAAUUAUGAACGUUUAAUUGAAGUGAAAGUCCCCCCCCUCCCCCGCCACCGAUUCAUUCACUGCUGUGUAACUCGUAUGUUGUUGUUUAAUUGCCCUGUCGGUCGUAUUUUAAAUAUAAUACACAAUUUUGAUAAUAA